AUGCCCAAACCUGGGGGCAGUGGAGGGGCUCCACCCGGGACUCGAGACGGCGGUGGGAUAUGUCGAAGCAGCAGCAUCAGCAGCGGGUCUGGAGGAAAGGUCAUGUCCCUGUCGUCGAUGAGUGAGAGCGUGAACAGCGGCCUGAGCUGUUUCCUGUCAGAACAAGCUCUGGAGCAGGAAGAGCGGCAGCAGCGCAGCAGCCAUUUAGCCGAGUUCCAGCGCCUCAGAGAGGUCAGGGCGGCCGCUCAGCUCAAGAACCUGGAGGACUUCCUCAGGAUGAACCACGUUUCACUCAGGGACACCAUGUCGUACUCCACUGGCAUGAUCUACAGAAAUUUGGGCAAAUCUGGUCUGAGGGUGUCCUGUCUUGGAUUGGGGACGUGGGUUACCUUCGGAGGCCAGAUAACAGAUGAGGCGGCCGAGGAGCUGGUGACUUUAGCCUACGAGAAUGGGAUCAACCUGUUCGACACAGCGGAAGUUUACACAGCUGGAAAGGCGGAAGUUGUCUUGGGAAACAUCAUCAAGAAGAAGGGAUGGAGACGAUCCAGUUUAGUCAUCACCACCAAAAUCUUCUGGGGUGGAAAAGCAGAAAUGGAAAGAGGAUUAUCGAGAAAACACAUAAUUGAAGGUCUAAGAGCAUCACUGGAGAGACUUCAGCUGGAUUACAUAGACGUGGUUUUUGCAAAUCGACCAGAUCCGAACACCCCUAUAGAAGAGACGGUGAGGGCAAUGACUCAUGUGAUCAACCAGGGGAUGGCGAUGUACUGGGGGACGUCUCGAUGGACCUCCAUGGAGAUCAUGGAGGCGUACUCUGUGGCGCGACAGUUCAACCAGAUCCCUCCCAUCUGUGAACAGGCAGAGUACCACAUGUUCCAGAGGGAGAAGGUGGAGGUGCAACUCCCCGAUCUCUACCACAAAAUAGGCAUCGGUGCAAUGACUUGGUCUCCUCUUGCAUGCGGCAUCAUCUCAGGGAAGUAUAGCAACGGGAUCCCCCCUAAUUCACGAGCCUCGCUAAGGGGUUAUCAGUGGAUGAAGGAUAAGAUCCUGAGUGAGGAGGGACACCGUCAGCAGGUGAAGCUAAAAGAGCUGCAGGCGGUCGCUGAACGACUCGGCUGCACACUGCCUCAGCUGGCUAUAGCCUGGUGUCUGAGGAACGAAGCUGUAAACUCCGUCCUGCUGGGAGCUUCCAGAACAGAGCAGCUGCUGGAGAAUAUCAGAGCUAUACAGGUUCUUCCGAGGUUAACGCUCUCCACUAUAUCGGAGGUGGAUAACCUUUUGGGAAACAAGCCAUACAGUAAAAAGGACUUCAGAUCCUAGAAGCAGCAACCAAUCAACCGUCACACUUUCCUGUUUGUGAAAAAGAAUCCUUUGAAUGAGAGACAGCAACACAACACACAGCUAACAGUUAAUAACCAGGAAUCUGUUUCUACAACACACAACAAACCACACGGAUGUGCCAAUGCUUAUUUCACCUCAUCUUUGCACUUCCAGUCUCAUUUAUUGAUCCUAUUUGCACCUUAUGCCACGUCAGAAUAUCAACCCGUACAACGUGCAGUCAAAGUUCAUGGAGUCCAAACAUAAAUACAUAAAUAAGAGACCUCAAAGAAAUUGAAAAACAAAAUGAUUUAAAAAAGCUAAGAAGCACUUAACAAAUUAAGAAUUUGCGACAUAUGACAUAAAUACAGCAGAAAUCCAGUCUCUCCUGUGUAAAUGUGUCUCUGAUUCAUGAC